UGCCACAAAAGUAUGUGCCAUGUUGGCCCAUCCAUUUCCCAUAAAAAGUGAAGCAUAUCCAGAGACAGCUGAAAAAAGCGAAUCUGGAAAAGCCAAAGUGAGCAGUUACUUUCUGCAGGAGCCUUACGGACCCAACACCUAUUCCUUUGGAUACGAUAUAUAUGACCCUCAAACCAAAAACACUCAGUUUCGAGAGGAGAAACGGUUUGUUAAUGGCAGUAUCCAGGGAAGCUACGGAUAUGCAAGACCUGAUGGAAAAAUUGAGGUCACUAGCUACACAGCGGAUGAGGAUAAUGGCUAUUCCGCAAAAUCCCAGACUUUCCAAAAGGAAGACGAUAAACUAAAGGCAGCCUGGCCGACUCAACGCCCUUAUAUUCUUCUUGAAAGGGACAGGAUCGAUGCCCCUGGGAAUGUUACUUUGGAUCCCAAUAGCAAUCUCAAUGUGAGUGUCUCCCAAGUGACACAGCAUGUAGCACAGCAGCUCAAGGAUCAGCACGGCCUGGAUCUGAACCACAUCGAUGUUAGCAAGGAUGUCCUGAAACCAGCUGUCUUGGAUGUGAUCCAGGGCAAGGCUCCCGCGAAAGUCCAGCCAGUUCAGAACGUAAUCCCCCCGCAGUUUCCAAUAGUCCCCUUCAUGCUACCAACCGAUCAGGAAACCCCGAAGGUCACCACAGAUUCCCCAUCCACUGUGGAGCCCAAAAAAUCCGAUAGUUCCAAGUAUAACAAAGCCAAAACAAAUAAUGACGAAAAGUCCCCGCAAGUCGAGGAGACGGAGGCGGAGAAAGAGGCCCGGCUGCCGCCGCCCAGGCCACUGGCUAAUAGCAGUUCCAGCCACGAUAGUUGGCAGCACCGAACCGUUGAGGCUAAUCGUCGUGAGUUCCUGGCCAAUUUGCCCAACCUAAGUGAGGGCAGGCCAUAAGUAAGUGUUCAAAGCUGUAAAUAGGGGUUAAGCCAACUGAACCAAAAUACACGAAAUAAAAAAGGUAGUUUUCCAAUUUAAAGUCAAUAUCAAUUUAGGCCAGAGCCCUAGUUAUUAGGUAAGUUUCUUUCACUUUUUGAACGACAAGAGCCACAAAAGAAUUCCACAUAUUGUGCGGCAUAAUUGAGGCUGCUACGAAAGUGAUA